AUGACCGCCUCGUUGUCGUCGUCCCCGGUGCGGCACCCAAGCGCCAGCAACGCCGCCAUUCCAGCGGCGAGCCACCACAUCCCCCCGCCUCUCAACGGGUACGCUUUUCUCGAGCACCGCCGCAGUGCCCUUUCACACGACACCUUCAUCGCCCGCGAUGUGCGCCAGCAGCAGCAGCAUCCGGAGCAGCAGGAUAACGACCAGGCGAAGGUCAUCAUCCGCGUUUACGCCUUGGAGUAUCUGCGCCGCGAUGAGGAAUGCCGAUUCGCCCUUGAGCGGGAGUGCCUGACGGCGCGUCUGGUGGUGCAUCCGCAUCUACUGCCACUGGGCACCCCCUUCACCUCCAAGACGGAUUUGUUUGUUGUCGAGAAGUAUUGCGCCGGCGGCGACCUCUACGAGCUGAUGGCGUCACUCGCCAAGGAGGACCCCAUCACCUCGGAGACGGGGGCGGCGAAAGGCGGAGCGCCGCCUCGCAGCAGCACCGGGCUGCCCACCAACACCGUUAAACGCUUCAUGCGAGAGCUGCUCUCCGCCGUGCAGUACCUGCACCGCACCUGUGGACUCGUGCACCGAAACAUCAAGCUCGAAACCCUCUUCAUCGACGAAGAGCAACACCUUCGACUUGGUAGCUUCGGACUGUGUGCGGUGCUGCCACCACCGAGUGUGGAGACGGGAGACAGAGAAGGGGCGUUGGAUGCGCUGGAGGACACGGCGUCUUCCUCACAUGCGCCUCUGCGGCUGUGCUGCGGGUCGAAGCACUACGCCGCGCCGGAGCUAGUGCAGGGUCACCCUUAUCAAGGCGAGGGCGUCGACGCCUGGGCCUGUGGCAUCGUGCUCUUCGCUCUUCUCACCGGCUGCUUUCCGUUCGACAGCAACGACGGCGACGAGGCCCUCUUCCGACUUCUGUGCGGCGAUGUGGAGGCCCACCUGGCGCAGCAUCCGGCCAUGGCGGCCAUCGACGACCCUCAGGCGUGCGACCUGGUGCGCAACUUGCUGCGGCCUAAUCCUGACGCCCGCUACACCGUCUCCGAGGCGCUUGAGCACCCGUACCUGUGGGAAGCGUGA